AUGCUGAAGCUGACCCUGUUGGCAGGCCUGGUCGCUGUCGCCGGGGCCCAGACGGCAGUCAACCGGUUCCCGGAUGGUUUCCUUUUCGGGGCCGCCACUGCUGCCUUCCAGAUCGAAGGAGCGUGGAAUGAGGAUGGCAAGGGUGAGAGCAUCUGGGACCGCAUGCUCCACGAACACCCGGAGUACGGCACGAACGGCGACAACGGCGACGUGGCCUCCGACUCGUACCACAAGUACCAGGAGGACGUGCAGAUGCUGAAGGCGCUCAACGCGGACGUGUACCGUUUCUCCAUUGCCUGGACACGCAUCCUGCCCACUGGAGACCUCGACGUCAUCAACCAACCGGGCAUCGACUACUACAAUAAUCUCAUCAACGAGCUGCUAGCGAACGGAAUCCAGCCUCUGGUGACAAUGUACCACUGGGACCUGCCGCAAGCGCUGCAGUACAUCGGUGGAUGGCCAAACCCAAUUCUCGCUGACUACUUCGUGGAGUAUGCCAGAGUGCUGUUUGAAAACUUUGGAGACAGAGUGAAGAUGUGGACCACGUUCAACGAGCCGGAAGUGUUCACCACCGGCUACGCUUCCGCGGAAUUUCAGGCUCCGUCACAGAACGCUCCGGGCAUCGGCGACUACCUGGCUGCACACACCGUCAUCAGAGCACACGGACUCGUCUACCGCCUCUAUGAAGAACAGUUCAGGGCCAAGCAGAAUGGCACUGUAGGAAUUACGUUAAAUAUAACGGGAAGAAAACCAGCCUCAAACUCCAGUGAAGACUUGGAAGCAGCUGAGAGGAAGUAUCAGUUUGAUGUUGGUCUCUACGCACACCCUAUCUUCAGCCAAGAGGGGGAUUACCCGGCGGUAGUGCGUCAGAGGGUAGACGCUAACAGCGCAGCAGAGGGGCGUCCCCGCUCACGGUUGCCAACUUUCACUCAGGAAGAGAUUGAGUACCUCAGAGGUGCGUCUGACUUUUUUGGAGUGAAUCAUUAUUUAACGAGCUAUGUGAAACCAAGCGACUUUUGGAGUUCUCCGUCCAAACGGCACGACUCUGGCGUCGUCAGCGUCGAUAUUGGGUACUAUCCUUCGGGAUUCCGCGACUUACUGAACUGGCUCGUUAAAGAAUACCCUGGUUAUCCAAUAUUUGUGACAGAAAACGGCUGGUCAAAUACUGGUGGUCUUAAUGACACCGACAGAAUCGAGUACUUUACGUCGUACCUGGCGGCUCUUCUACAAGCUAUCCACGUUGACGGUGUUCCUGUGAUUGGCUACACCUGCUGGAGUCUCAUGGACGACCUCGAGUGGGUCGACGGAUUCACCAAGAAAUUUGGGCUGUACGAGGUGGAUUUCGACAGCCCGAACAGAACCAGGACGCCAAGGGCCUCUGCAGCUUUCAUGUCGGAGAUCUUCGAGACUAAGGAGCUGCCUCAGGAAUACUUCCGCUACAGUCUCCCCUGAACUACAACUUAUCUUGGUCUGCUCUUUAUAUGACUUUAUGUACUGCAAAAUAAAGAACUUUGGCUAAGUCUUAA